GGAUCAAAACGCAGAUUGGGAGUGUCGUUCUCACCCCAGCAAAGUGCGGCAUUCCCUUUGCCCUCCCUCCUGCUUCGAGCGCCAAGGAGAGCAAGCAGAGUUUUGAGUCUCCAACCCACUUGAGAUUGCGCCUCCCUAUCUGCGUUUUUCUAUCUCUCAGAGUUGGUGUUAGAGUUCAGUGUUCUUUGACUGUGCAAGGAGGAGGGUGUUCAUUUAGGUUUCAGCACAAGAACACAGUAUGUUUGCGACAGCAAUUAGGUACUUUGCCAAGAAAUCAAAACCAAAGAUGAGGCCUGUAUCUCUCAAAACGCCGCCAGAGCAGAGGCAGACCAUCACUAGGGUUCUCUUUGACAUUGUGAAUGAGCAUGGACCCAUCACCAUCGGAGAGACCUGGCAACGUGUCCAGGGGGUUGGAUUAAAAGAUUUGACGAGCAAGACUCAAAUGAAAUUAGUGCUGAGGUGGAUGAAGGAGAGGCAGAAGCUACGUCUUAUAUGCAACCAUGUAGGGGCUCACAAGCAGUUUCUGUAUACCACUUGGUUCUCAAAGGCCAACGCCACGCAAGCAACAGCAGGAAAUCUAGCUUCAAAACACAAGUCUUCUUGAAAGUUGAAAGCCUUUGAUCAGUAUUGGCCAAGAGGAUAUGGUGGAAUAGCUACUUCCUGUAUGGAAAUAAUGUGUAAGACCAUAUCUAGCUUUAGCUCCAACUAGAGAAUUUGAUUAUUGCUCCUGCUUUCCAUUGUAUGUCUUCAAUGGUUUGUUGAGUUUGCCUUUUUCUUA